UUGGUAGGUAGGCAGCUAACGAUGGCAACUGGUGAGUACCUGUGGUGUUCUUUUAUCCAAAUUUUAUCCAAGAUGCUCUCUCACUUUCUUCUUUUAUGGAAUAACUUUGAUGCCAAAAAUCUCAGUUUCUAAAAAUCAGGCAGCCAUCACAUAUAUAAUUUGUCUUUUCCCCACAGAUUUCCAACAUCUUUCAUUAUUUUCAACAAUUGACGGAUUACAUUACUGAGUUCACUUCUUAGCUUUCUUUAUUGUUAUGCAAUUGUAUCCCAAUACUUCUUGCAUAUAAUUGAUCACUGUUUCACCAGAAUCUAAUUCACUCGGCAAUCAGCCUUGUGUGUGUGUCUCUCUCUUUCUCUCUCUGCCCCCAUGGCUGAAACAGCUCCACUGGUUGCCACCCAAGCAUCUCCUACAACACCAUCCAAGAGAAUAACUAGCAUCAUCAAACUACUAGUUGAGUCACCUGGUCUCACCAACAUCCCAUCCACUCACACUUUCACCCUCAAUUCCCAUGACCAAGUAGUUUCAGACACAGAAGAGCCUGUUCCUGUCAUAGACUACUCUCUUCUUAUUUCAAGUAGUCCUGAUCAACGGUCCAAAAUCAUUCAUGACCUUCGCAAAGCAUGUCAGGAUUGGGGCUUCUUCAUGGUGAUCAAUCAUGGAGUACCAGAGAGACUAAUGAGAUCAAUGAUUGAUGCAUGUAGAGAAUUUUUUGAUCUGCCGGAGGAGGAGAAGCAGGAGUAUGAAGGUAAGCAUGUAUUAGACCCAAUACGGUGUGGCACCAGCUUUAAUACUUCAGUGGAGAAGGUCUUUUGUUGGAGGGAUUUUCUCAAGCUCUUUGUACAUCCCGUGUUUCACUCACCCAGCAAACCUGCUGGGUUCAGUGAGAAUCUGUUAGAAUACUCCAAAAGAGUAAGAGAAGUAGCAAGAGAAUUACUAAAAGGGAUAUCAGAGAGCUUGGGAUUGGGAACAAAUUACAUAGACAAAGCAAUGAAUUUGGAGCAAGGCCUGCAGGUCAGUAUAGCAAACUACUACCCACCUUGCACACAACCAGAACUUGCAAUGGGCCUGGCCUCUCACUCGGAUCAUGGCCUCUUGACCAUUCUAAUACAGAAUGGAGUUAGUGGCCUUCAAGUGCAACACAAAGGGAAGUGGGUCAAUAUGAAUGGCUACCCCAAUUCCUUUCUGGUUAACACAGGAGAUCAUCUUGAGAUUUUGAGUAAUGGAAAGUACAAGAGCGUUGAACAUCGAGCGGUUGUGAACAAGAAAGCUGCAAGAAUAUCCUUAGUCAUGGCACAUGGACCUUCACUAGAUUCAGUCGUUACUCCUGCACCAGAGUUGCUAGACCGAGAAGGGAAUGCACCAGCGUAUAUUGAAAUGAAGUAUGGGGAAUACUUGGAGCUUCAGCAAAGCAGCAAGCUGGAUGGGAAAUCCUGCUUGGAUCAAGUACGAAUUUGAGGUCUAGCUGCCAAAGUAUUGAAGCCUGAUGGUGUUGGGAGUUUUCCAAAAUAAUUGUUACUUGUAUCUUAAACUAUGGUGUUUCUUUGUGACCUGAACUUUAUAUUUCGCCAAGAGAAAUCCAUACAUUCGUACAAAGAAGUCUGUCGUUCCUCAUUGGCAUUGCUCUCUGGUAUUAUAAUUGUUACUCUGCUGCCGGUGGCAGAGACUUUUAUCUUUGUUGUUCUACCACAAAAAAAUUCGCAGUUGAGAAGGGGAUUUCUCUUGUUUUGUCUCUCGGGGGCGUCAUUUCCUACUUCUCUGGUGAGCUCCGGCAAAUCUAGAAAAUUAGAAUCAGGCUUCAAAAUUAAAUGUGCUUUAAUCAUGUGUUGAAUAUAUGUAACAAGUGACUAUGGAUUUGUUGCAAAGUGCUAGAUUGAGAGACAAUGCCAAUGCCCGAUUUAAAUGUCCCGCUAGCUCAACUGAAGUUUCAGACUACAAGAAAAAAUGACUAUGCAAUGAGAGUUGCUUCUUUACAGUA